AAUUUUUAGAUUUCCUUUUUGCCCGUAAAUCUUACUCUAUUUUGAUUGAAUUUUAACGUGUUUUUUGCAUAGUAAAUACGGAUCAGUACAAGUUAAAUCUUGAUGAAAAAAAGAUCUCCUAUCAAAAUUUGGAAAGAAAAAAAAAAGGACUUGGUUGCGUGACGAGUAGUUGUUUUCUUCUGUCUUUUUUUUUUUAAAAAGAAAGAAUAAACUUUUUAUAGUCUUUUAGAGUGAAUGUCAAUAAUUAUUGUAGAUAAGGUUGAUUGGUUGGAUAAUACCAUCACAUUAAUUGAAAUCUAUUCCUUAUCGUCAUUACUUGUAUUUUUGUACAAAAUUUGGAUAUAAGCUGAUAUAGAAUCGAUUCUUCUAUCAAGAAUUUAAAUCUGCUCAAAAGAUGGAGGCAUGUGGAUCUUUUGUUUUUGUAAUUCUUAAGAGUUUUAAAGGAAUACAAAACCUUUCUUCUUUUAUUUUACUUAAUUUAUGGACACAAGUCAAAUGAGCUAUAUCUGGCCUAGUAUAAUUUGAGAAUAUGGUAUAAUUCUUAUUGGCUAUCUAUAUUCAUGACUUAGAAAACAGAUAAGGUUGUCAUUAAGAGCUUUUUUUUUUUUUUGGGAACUAAAUGAUAUAAAAUGAUGCAUGAGAAAAUUAUGUUUUGAAUUCCUUACAGAUCAACAGUCUUUAUCAAUUUGGUUUGGUUUUUAAUUUUUGAGAAAACUAGAAUAUUAUCAGUGGAGCUUCCAUCUAAAAAGAUAAGAAUAUUUAAAUAUUAGGAGCAAAGUUUCUUACCUUCCUCCAAGAUAAUCAGAAAUUAGAUUUUUGGAACUACACUUUUGAUUAGUACUUCCAAGAAACAUUCAGGAGAAACUUCGGUGUUGCUACAUUAUCAAGAAAACUCGUAAGUAGGGAUUAUAUUCGCAAUCAUGUUUUCGAGAUCUUGUAUUAGUUUGUUGGAAUUGGCCUCAGGGGACAUGUUGAAUUUUCCACCAACUCCUAGAAAUCUUCCGAGACUGAUGACUACUGUUCGAGGAAUUAUGCCUGGGAUAGAAGACAGUGGAGGGGAGUCUCCUUCUCCUGAGUGCUGUGAAAAAAUAAUAGUAGUGGCAAAUUUUCUGCCUAUACACGCUCGGAAAGAUGUGAAUUCAGGGAAGUGGUGCUUUAGACUUGAUGAGGAUUCACUUUCAUUACAACUUAAACAUGGUUUCCCCUCUGGUACAAAGGUUGUUUAUGUAGGAUCGCUUAAAGUUGAUGUAGAUACAAGCGAACAAGAAGUUAUUUCUCAGAAACUUCUCGAGGAGUUUAAUUGUGUUCCUACUUUUCUUCCUUGUGAUAUUCAGAAGAAAUAUUAUCAUGGAUUUUGUAAGCAAUAUUUGUGGCCUCUUUUUCAUUACAUGCUGCCUAUGUGCCUGGACCAUGGUAAUCGUUUUGAUCGCAAGCUUUGGCAGGCCUAUGUUUGUGCGAAUAAGAUGUUUGCAGAUAAGGUUAUGGAGGUUAUUAAUCCAGAAGAGGAUUAUGUGUGGGUUCAUGAUUACCACCUUAUGAUUCUACCUACAUUUUUGCGAAAGCAUUUUGCUCGGGUGAAGCUUGGCUUUUUCCUUCAUAGUCCAUUCCCCUCUUCAGAAAUCUACAGAACACUGCCUGUUAGAGAUGAAAUUCUUAGAGCACUACUAAAUGCAGAUUUGGUUGGUUUUCACACGUUCGAUUAUGCUCGCCACUUUUUGUCUUGUUGUAGUAGAAUGCUUGGCCUGGAGUAUGAAUCCAAGAGGGGCUACAUUGGAGUUGACUACUUUGGCCGGCGAGUUAACAUUAAAAUUCAGCCUGUGGGGAUUCAUUUGGGAUGGCUCCAAUCCGCACUUAAUCACCCGUUAUCUUCCACAAAGGCUAAGGAGAUUCGAGAACAAUUCGAGGGGAAGAAGUUAAUUUUAGGUGUUGAUGACAUGGACAUUUUUAAAGGCAUCAGUUUAAAGUUUUUGGCAAUGGAGCAGCUUUUGUUGCAGCGUCCGGAGUUGCUUGGAAAAAUAGUCUUGGUUCAAAUUGUGAACCCUGCAAGGAGCACAGGGAAGGAUGUUCAAGAAGCUAAAAGGGAGACAUAUAUGACUGCCAAAAGAAUAAAUGAGGCUUUUGGUUUUCCAGGCUAUGAACCAAUUACUUUGAUAGACCGUGACGUUCCUCUAUAUGAAAAAACUGCCUAUUAUUCUUUAGCAGAGUGCUGCAUUGUAAAUGCUGUUAGGGAUGGUAUGAAUUUAAUGCCAUACAAGUAUACAAUAUGCAGGCAAGGAACUCCAAAAAUGGAUGAAGCUCUACGACUCUCCUCUGAUUCUCCUCGAACUAGUACGCUUGUUGUUUCAGAGUUCAUUGGUUGUUCUCCGUCUUUAAGUGGAGCAAUAAGGGUGAAUCCAUGGGACGUAGAGGCGGUAGCUGAUGCGCUUAAUGUCGCCAUCACAAUGCCUGAUGCAGAGAAGCAUUUGCGGCAUGAGAAGCACUACAAAUACAUCAGCUCCCAUGAUGUGGCUUAUUGGAGUCGUAGCUUUUUUCAGGAUUUGGAAAGAGCUUGCAAAGAUCACUACAGUAAACGCUGUUGGGGAAUUGGUUUUGGUCUUAGUUUCAGAAUUCUGUCUCUUUCACCAAGUUUUAGGAAGCUUUCGAUUGACCAUAUUCUCACCUCAUAUAGGAGGACUAGUCGAAGAGCAAUAUUUUUGGACUAUGAUGGAACAGUGGUGCCUCAAACUUCCAUCUCUAAAACUCCAAGUCCCGAAGUCAUUUCUGUUUUGAACAAUCUUUGCAAUGACCCCAAGAACAUUGUGUUUAUAGUUAGUGGUAGAGGGAAGAACUCUCUUGGUGAUUGGUUCUCUCAAUGUGAGAAUCUGGGUAUAGCAGCUGAGCAUGGAUACUUCAUAAGAUGGAGUACAAAAUUCGAUUGGGAAACGAGUCCCUUAGCCGCAGACGUUGAAUGGAAACAAAUUGCAGAACCUGUGAUGAAAUUGUAUACAGAAGCAACUGAUGGAUCUUAUAUAGAGCCCAAGGAGAGUGCCUUGGUAUGGCACCAUCAAGAUGCUGAUCCUUAUUUCGGAUCUUGCCAGGCUAUGGAACUGUUAGAUCAUCUCGAAAAUGUCCUUGCAAAUGAACCUGUAGUUGUUAAGAGGGGACAGCAGAUAGUUGAAGUAAAGCCACAGGGAAUUACUAAAGGACUCGUUGCAGACAAAGUUCUUUCUAUGAUGAUCAAUGAAGGGAAGCCAGUAGACUUUGUGAUGUGCAUUGGUGAUGAUAGAUCCGAUGAGGACAUGUUCGAAAGCAUAUCAAGCAUAGCUUCCAACUUAUCUCUCCCUGUAGUUCCCGAGGUAUUUGCCUGCACUGUUGGCCAAAAACCCAGCAAAGCUAAGUACUAUCUAGACGAUUCUGUCGAUGUCAUGACACUGCUUGGAGGUCUAGCUGCUUCAAGUCUUAAAUCAAGGUCGAAUACAGCCAUUCAAGUUUCUGUAGAGAUUGUUAUUUGAGAAGAAAGCUAGCUUUGAUUGUGUACUGAUUUUAUUGAAGAAGCACAGUGGCUCUUGUACAGCAGCCUUGACAACUUUCAAGGAUUAAAAUAGUUCUAUAAUUGGCAAGAAUUGGUUGCGUGAUUAUGUGUUUCAUCGAAAAGGAGGACGAUGAGUACAAGGAAGUGUACUGCGGUGGUUGGUUGUGUCAAUAGUGGCUUACAAAUACUUGAAUGUUUGAGUGUGAGCACCAUAUCGAUCAGUAAGUACGCAUUUUUAACUUUGUAGUUUUCAGCACAGGGCUCAGAUUUUACUUUAGAUUGUGUUUAGAGAUAACAAGAGCAUCAUUAGUUUGUAUAUGUGGUUUCCGUAUGCUCUUACAUGAAUUAUGAUUCUUUUCUUCUUGAAAAUGACAGUUAUUCAUUUUAUGAAAAUUGUCUCAAACUACAUACCCCUACAUCUAAUAUAUUAUAUAUACUGAACUUGUUUUAUU